CGCGUCGUACGAGCGGGUGUGUGUUUCCGCUCGCAUCUACUACCCGUCGAACCCUCCUGCUGCGCCGUGCACUCUCUUCCGCCCUCUCCCCCUCUCUCUCUCUCUCUUUCUUUCUUUCUCCGGUCCCCCGAGCGUCAGUCCGCAAUCUUCACAGCCCCGGUGUCACGUAGCGUCCGUCGACGGCGUGAAAUGAGAAUUCGAGGGCGAAGGGAGGACGAGCGAGACGCGAGAUAUAAAAACAUGAGACGCGCCGCCGGGUAGGCCGGCCUAUCGUCGAAACGUCACAGAGAAGGACGGAAUUGGCGAUUUUCAGGAGGAACCACCGGGACACAGCCCAGUGGCCUCGCGAUCCGGCCUCAUCGCCGACGGGGGGGAUGACUACGUGUUCGUCGAUGUCGCUCAUUGCAAAAGCGGACUCUCGAUCGCGUCGAUCGGCCGGUCAGUCGCUUCGCGAUCCGCGCUUCGCUCCGUCGACGGACAGUGUUCUCGCGGUGGUGUUCGAGGGUAAACGCGUCUGGCCCGCGCUCUCGGCGACGCGGACGUGGUGAAUUCGGCCGUGAAAUCGCGCUCGGAGGAGGCCGCACGCGAAAGCACCGAUGAUCCCCAUGUGGACGUCUCUCGCUUUUAAAUAGACCCGCUACUUGGAGGGUGGCGAGUGUAACCUGUUGCGGAAUGCGAUGGAUCGGGAGGGUGUUAAUGCCCAUGGGAGAGAGAGAUAGGGGGGAGCGAGGGGGAGAUAGAAAGAAAGAUCACAUUCCUCGGCACCGUCGCUUCACUUUCAGCUUAGAUGCCCGUAACGAUUAUUCCUCGGACGAAGGGGAGGAUAUGUCAUUCGCGCUGUAGCCGGAAAUCGCUGGAUCGCGGAAUCGCCAGGUUCCCCAGCUCUUCUCGUUGACCUUACUAUAAUCUCUCCCGGUGAAACGAAACUUGACGUGUCUGUCGUGCGCGCGAGGGUCGCCCAUUUUCCGCACUGUGAAGCGCGAACGUGCAGUGAACGUAACUGUAAACAAGUGAGAAGUAAUGCCCUGAAUUUCCCGUGAGGUCGCAAUGGCGGAACCCGCGCGGCUGCGCGCGUAUAUUCCUCUCUCUGCUUCCGGACACGUACGGCCUGCGUUCUCCGGUUGCUCCUAGUGCGCCGAGCGAGUGACGGACGAGCGAAAAGCAGCUUUCAUCGUUGCCGAAGAAGCCGGGGCUUCUCACACGUUGCUUCGUCGUCGUCGGGAUGAAACGUUGAGAGAAGAAGAAGAAGAGGGAAAAGCCGAAUCGAGCCAAGUCCAGCCGAAAUCGAAGCCGUUCCCGGAAGUAGUCCCGGAAGAAGAGGAUUCUCGCGCCCCCACGGACAUGAAGUCGGCGCUCGUCGUUGUGGGGGUCAUGAGUCUCCCGUGGGGAGCUCGCGGAGCGAGAAGCUGAGCGGCUAAUUGCUAUCGCGGAUGUCGCUCGGAACGAACAUGUUCGGCAUCGACGCGGACCAGUCGCGGACGAGCGACGAUCGCAACCGCACGUUCCUCCUCGUCGACUCGGAGCGCGAUGCCGGCACGAGGAACCUCACCGACGAGCUCUACCCCUUGCCAGAUUACAUCAACGUCACGCUGCUGGACACUAACGCGACCGAGGAGAUCGACUCGUUCUACUUCUACGAGACGGAGCAGUUUACGGUACUGUGGUUACUAUUUGCCGUGAUAGUCGCCGGUAAUACCGCCGUCCUCGCCGGUCUGCUGCUGGGAAAGCGCAGAAAGUCCCGGAUGGAUUUUUUCAUCAAGCAACUAGCGUUUGCGGAUUUACUGGUCGGCCUGAUAUCCGUACUGACGGACAUAGUCUGGAGAACGACGGUCACCUGGCACGCGGGCAACGUGGCCUGCAAGCUGAUAAGAUUCAUGCAGGCCGUGGUGACAUACAGCUCGACCUACGUCCUCGUGGCGUUGUCAAUCGACAGAUACGACGCUAUUACGCGUCCGAUGAACUUCUCCGGCAGCUGGUGGAGAGCACGAGCCCUGGUGGCUGCUGCUUGGGGUCUGUCGGUAUUAUUCAGCAUGCCGAUUAUAUUUCUAUACGAGGAGAAACGGAUACAGGGCAUGACGCAGUGCUGGAUCGACCUGGGCUCACCGACCCAAUGGAGGGUUUACAUGAGCUUGGUGAGCUUCAGCCUUUUUAUAGCACCGACUUUGAUAAUAGGAGGGUGCUACACGGUCAUCGUGGCGACGAUAUGGUCGCAAGGAGGAGCGCUACGUCAGGGACCUACCAGGGACACUCGGAGGGCGUCCUCGAGGGGUCUUAUUCCCAGGGCGAAAAUCAAAACAGUGAAGAUGACUUUCGUCAUAGUGUUCGUGUUCAUCCUUUGCUGGAGUCCGUACAUAGUCUUCGAUCUCCUUCAGGUUUAUGGACACGUGCCGAAAACGCAGACAAAUAUCGCGGUUGCCACCUUCAUACAGAGUUUGACACCGCUCAAUUCGGCCGCUAAUCCGAUUAUCUAUUGCCUCUUCAGCACGUCGUUCUGUAAAACCGUACGGAACAUGCAGGCGAUCUCCUGGAUUUCGGGAUGGUGCUCUGCGAAUCCGCACCACUGCUUCGGUACCGGAACCACGGGUAACAGCACGAGGACGACCGUGACGACUUCUCUGACAGCUCAUUCUUCCCGCAGGAGCGGCCACUUCACGAUGUUACAUACUACGUCGCGGAAACGCGUCAUGGUUUCUCUAGUCUAGAGGCCGUGCUCUCCGGAAAAUGGAGCGAGGAAAUAAACGUAGACUUUCUUGCAGAUCUGUAUCCUGAAGAUCGAGUUGAGACCGAUAAUUCUUAUCCAAUGGUCUUGAGUUUAUGUUUCUCUCUCUCCCUCUCUCUCUCUCUCUCUCUCUCUCUCUCUCUCUCUCUCUCUCUCUCUCUCUGUUUCGCUCGAAUACUUGCAAUCUUUCGUGUCUAUACUCGAAGUACAAUGACCAUGACGUAGAUACGAUCUCAUAAUGCGAAGUUUCUUAUAACUUUAUUCGGUAGUUCCUUAUAGCGAGAAUAUCCACGAAAAUAAAUAAAACAGGUUGAAGGCAUAUAAUUAUAUGACACUGUCGUCUAAUUAAUUAGAAGCGUUGUCAGUGGUCAAUGUUUCAACACUUUCCUAUAUUGAUACGAAUUAGUAUGAUUUUUUUAACUUCAUCGCGACGUUAUCCACAAUGGAUUUCGUACGACUUCCUCACACCGUCCAAGACAAUGUACUGUUAUCGCUAGGUCCUUUCUUACUAUAUUAUAAGUUAAUUAAUGAGCUACUGUACAGCGCACACUAUCCUAUUCGUCGUCGUCGUCGUAAGCUCAUCUUCGUGCAACGAUCUCGGUACCA